AUGAAAACAUUUGUUAUAACUCCAUUUCAUAAUACUAAAUUAAUCAUAGAAAGAUUACUUAAAGAUUCUAAUUCUAUAUUAUUAGAAGGAGAAGCAGGAUGUGGAAAAAGUUCAUUAUUAAAAUAUAUUGCAGAAGAACAACAUAUGAAAAUGCUUUCAGUUCAUUUUGGAGAUGAUAUAGAUGCAAAAGCAUUAAUUGGAUCAUAUAUUACAAGUGAUAGUUUUAGUGAAUUUAAAUGGAAAGAUGGAUCAUUAACAACAUCAAUAAAAGAAGGAUAUUGGUUUUUAUUAGAAGAUAUAGAUACAGCACCACCAGAUGUUAUUUCAUUAAUUUUACCAUUAUUAAAAACAAGAACAUUUUUUAUUCCAAAUAGAUCAGAAAGUAUUAUUGUUCAUCCUAAUUUUAGAUUAAUAGGUACACGUACUAUUUAUAAAGGAGGAAUGAAAAUAAAUACAUUUCAUUCAAUACUUUCUUCACAUUUUACUAUUAUUUCAAUGCCAGAAAUGAAAAUAGAAGAAUUAACUCAAUUAUUAAUUUGUCUUUAUCAAAGAAUUAAAAUUAUUUUACCAACAAUUUUAGAAUGUCAUAAAACUAUAAAAUUAAAUGGAAUUACUGGUACUUUACGUCAAUUAUUAUCAUUUUGUAAAAGAAUUGAACAACAAAUUCCAAAUGAAGUUAAAUUAAAUCAAAUUACUACUCAAAUCAAAUAUAUUAUUCUUUUUGAAUGUGAUAAUGUUUAUCUUUCAAAUGAACUUCAAAAAAGAAUAGAAAUACUUCAAAUAGUUGCACAAAGAAUUCAAAUUCCAUCAAUUGAUUUUAUGAUAAAUGGAUAUAAACCAAUAAUAGAAAUAAAUAAUAAAGAAAUUACAAUUGGUCAUAUUAAAUUAAAUAGAAAUCCACCACCUAUUCCACCACCACCAGAAAAUCCAUUUUCCAUUUUCUAA